UAUAUUGUUUAUGCACCAAGUUUGUGUUAUUGUCACUUGAAUUUUGUUGAUUAAUCCACAUAUUUUCUAUUGCAAAUAGCCGAAAAUGAUUGGCGUUCGACUAAAUACGUUCAGCGACACCUCUGGUGAACCGGAGCAAGACGCUAAUUCAGCACUAACUGAGCUAGACAAAGGGCUCAGAUCAGGAAAAGUGGGUGAGCAGUGCGAAGCGAUAGUCCGUUUUCCACGUCUCUUCGAAAAAUACCCGUUUCCAAUACUCAUAAACUCGUCAUUUCUGAAACUUGCCGAUGUGUUUCGUAUGGGCAAUAAUUUCCUUCGCUUAUGGGUGCUGCGCGUCUGCCAGCAGAGCGAGAAGCAUUUGGACAAGAUCCUGAACGUUGAUGAGUUUUUAAGACGAGUAUUCAGUGUCCUACAUUCAAAUGAUCCCGUAGCAAGGGCACUCGCACUUCGGACGCUCGGAGCUGUGGCCGGGAUCAUUCCAGAGAGGCAAAAUGUACACCAUGCUAUUAGGCGGGGGCUGGAUAGCCAUGACAAUGUGGAGGUUGAGGCUGCUAUUUAUGCUACCACCCGAUUUGCGGCACAUUCCAAUGCCUUUGCGGUGGCCAUGUGCAACAAGUUAUCGGACAUGGUGGAAUGCGAGAGCACGGGCGCAGAGCGGCGCGCCAAGCUCGUACGGGCCUUGAGGACUGUUCACGGAGGAGCGGUGCGAGCGGGUGGGGUUCUGAAACUUCUCCGUUCUCUAUUGGAGCGGUUUCCUUCUACAAGUUCUGUGCGCGCCGCCAUCUCUGCGCUCACCGCCAUCGCUCACGACACCGUCGUCCACGUUCCUGAUCAGGUGGAUCUGCUACUCAGUAUAGCCACUAACGACGCUCGCUCGUCGGUCCGGCGCGCCGCCCUGCUCGGGCUGAAAACCCUCGCUCAGCACGCGGCGCUGUGGCCCGCCGCCGCGGUACAGGCGCUCGUACGGACCGCCGCCGACGCGGACCCCAAACACACCAUGCUAUGCUUGGAGGUUAUGCAAAUCCUGGUGGAGUGUCCGGCCGUGAUCGCAGACGCGGCGGGAUCUGCGCAGCUGGCCUUACGUGAUCUAUGCGCGCGCGCCGCGCUCGCCAGCGCGCUGCGCGUCGCCGCCACCGCCGCGCACGUGCUCACCAGCCGCGCCGUGCACUGCUACGAAGAAGGACUCCCCGUUGAAGGCGCCGAAUUGAUGCUUGCGCUAGAGAACAUAGUUAUAGCGACGAGCGUGACGGACGGACAAGACAACAUACGACCGCUGCGUAUGGCUCUGCGCUGUCUGGUACAACUAUGCAACGCAGCACCAGCCGAAUACGCGCCAAGAACCGGUCGACUACUGACUUCACAAUUACGAGCCACUGGGUGGCGACACGGAGGCCCUAGGGCCUUGGCCUUGUUGGAGGCCUUGGGGGCCCUAGGGGGGGGGACUCAUGGGGCCCACACACUUACACACCGCUUGCCUGCCGCCUAUCAUACUAAUAAAGAGUUAUCAGAGCCAGUGGAAGACGGGACAGCGCUAGUGCUCCUCUGUACAGUGCUAUUCCAGGAGCGGGCCGCUAAGGCGCUCAAAUGCAAGAUAAAUAGCGCUUGGCAGGAGAAGAUUAAGGAGGCUAUCAGUAGCGCUGAUGGGUGGACCAAGUAUAGAGUCGCUAGAGCUGCGUUAAGAUAUGGGCACCACCGUUUAGCCGCUCAUGUGCUAGAGGGGUUGCUAGGAGCGGCGAGCUCCGAGGCCACACAACGAUGGCUGGCCUCACUACAUCGGGCCGCUAAAGCGGACGCUGAACUUGUUGAACAAGGUAUAACGGGCCUUGAGGCUGCCGCGUCCUCGUGGGAAGUGGCGGGGGGGUGGGGCGGCGCCGGGGCCGCGGGGGGGGGCUGCACCGGAUGUUCCGGCUGCGCGGCGUGCACGCCAUUGGCCGGGGCGUGGAUCGCGGCUAGAGCCCAGGCCCUGUCGACUUUAGCGAGGACGGCGGAUAGAGCCAGGGUGUUGUGCACCCAGCCCCCACCCGCAGUCGCUCAGGCGUCAAGAUCGCCAUGCGCCGCGGCGGGCGCAUGCGCGGCGGCGUUGCGUAAAGCGGCGCGCGCGGCGCAAGCUGUGGCGGCGCGGUACGCGCACAUAGCCAGGACGGCCUUCCACGCUGAUGAGGCUACGUUGACACAUCUGCAGAUUUCCCAGCACACAUUCACGCAGCUGUCCGAGUUUCUUGAGCGCCUCACCGGGCAGGCCGCGGCGCGCGCGCUGUUCGUGCCGGACAUCAAGCCUACAAGCCUGGACCAGAAGAUCGCGCUCGCGCCUGCUGAAGCCAUCGUCAACAUAUCCAACAAGCUCUUUGACGACCCUGCUACUGGCAAUGGGAUCACGCAUCGGCACGCAGAAGCAGUGCUAGCGGCAGUCCGCGCGUGCUGCGUCGGCGCAGUGUGGCCGCGCGCGGUUUGCGAGGCGCGAGCUUGCGGCGCCCUCUGUCGACUAUCGCUCACACCAGGAGGAAGGGGGGCCGAACAAGCGGCCGCGUUGCCGCACACACACCAUCUGGCGUUGAAAGCUGAGGGAGUUAUUCUGCCGCCGCCUAGAGGCAAAUCGCAGCCGUCGCGACAAGUGAAACUAGUUCAGCUUACCGUCACCGCUACGCCGCACCCGCGUACUAACGAGAAGACUGUCGAACUGACCAACGUACCGCCCGUUCUCUCGGCUACCCAAACCGUCGCCCCUGUUCGAGAUUUCUUCUCGGCACAACAACUGGUGGCCGUAUCGACGCCAGGGCUAUACACGGUAGCCGUAGAAGCGGCCUUCGUGGACCAACACGGGGCCUUGUGGAAUACUGGACCCAGGACAUCUAUUGUCAUUAAGGCUCACGAGGACUCCAGUGCAAAGGGUACUACGCAAACUGCUAGGGGAAGAUUUUGAGAAAGUCGAAGUAAUUUCUUUUAAUUACUUGUGUAUAAA